GGCCCUGGCCGCCGCUUCCGGGUUGACGGGGGACGCGGCGGCGGCCGCAGAGGUGAGCGCUGCGCCGCGAGAAGGAGCGGUGAUGGGGGCAUCGAUGUGAACGCACAGCGGUGCUCAGGCUGCGAUUUUAGCAGGGCCGUCCGGGACCCCCUUGUUCCUCACACGCGGCUUGCUAACGAGCGUUGAAAGGCGAGUCCCGAGCAGCUCUGCGGACGCGGUGUUUGUGUGCUCUGGCGUUAUCCCGCAAGGGCGUUCUGAAGAAAACAAGGAUACAGUGCCCAUUUGAGUCCGUCUUCUCCGGGAGCGAUUUCCUCUCUGCUGUCAGCAUGGUGACACUGCUUAGAACCGCGUGGUCUCGCUGCUUUCAGGUGCACUCUUUAGCAUCCUAUGGAGCUGUGUAUCAUGCCUGCCAUAAAUCAACGUACUCCAUUCUCCCUGAAGACUACAAUUGCAAAGUGGAACUUGCCGUGACAUCGGAUUUGAAGACGAUAGUCUGCUAUCACCCUUCACUUGAGAUUCCGUACGAGCAUACAAAACCUGUACCACGACCAGAUCCAGUGAAUAAUAAGGAAGAAACACUCGAUCAAGUUUUGAAAUCCAGAUUGAAUGAAAAAGGCCUUAAGAACAAUCCAGGUCCUACAAUUGAAGAGCUCAGCAAAAUGUUUUACACAACAAAACAUCGUUGGUAUCCUGUGGGACAGUAUCAUACAAGACGCAAGAAUCGCAAUCCUCCUAAGGACAGAUAGCCAAGUGCUGAUGAACAAGAAGUUAUUAAUCUGUAUUGGAAAUAAAAACUACUGAAAGCAA